AUAUUCUAAAAAUAGUAACCAAAUAAUCAUUUCAUGUAGUACAGACCAUACAGUGCAGUAUAGUAAUUCUUGAAAUUCUCAGUAUAUUGUCAAAAGCAACAUCAAUGACCUAGCCAAGGUUGGAAGUGGAGUCAGCGACUAAGAAAUUUUAUGCGAUUUUUUUGUUCCAUUACAACUUAAUAAAGCUUAAUAUGAACUGUUUAUUCAACAGUUUGAGGAUGUUGCAUGUUCAAUAUUUGCACCAUUCUCUACAGGAGUUGUUAAAAAGUCAUCAAGAAUGUCUAAAGUUGCAGAGGGAGGUGGCAAAAGACAGACAGAAGAACCUGGCCGAGCAACAAUCGGAAAUCUCUAAAAAGUCCUAUGUGAUAAAGGAGAGCAUAAUAAGAAAAUAUCUGGAGAUCCAAGCCAUCCUGGACAACGAUCUGAGGACAACGCUGUCACACUUGGAAGCAGAGGAGCGAGCUGCUGUCUCAACUCUGGACUGGCUCAUGGAAAGGAACUGGUCUCUGAUGCAGAAGACGGAACAGGACCUGGCAGAAAUCACAGCAACUCUAGACCAUGUGAAUUUACAUGCUCAUGCAAUGCCAGACCAUAAAGAUCCAGGGGUGAUGGAUAGAGGGCCACAUGCACUCGAUGGGACAGAGUGUUGCAGCGUGAGCUUGGACGCCGCCAAAGCUGAGCAGAUUCUCAGUCUCACCGACAACAUGUUUCUGCUCAUCUCGUCUCUCACUCCUACCAUAAAGAAUCUUGUGAAAAGUUAUUCAAGUGAUGUGUGCUUGGAUCCAGAUACAGCCCAUCCCAAGCUGCUCAUAUCUCCUCAAGGAGACAGUGUCACCUACACGGACACAUGGAAGGAGCUUCCUGACACCCCUUUACGCUUUGACACCACUCUUAAUGUCAUCAGCUUGCAAAGUUUCAGUUUUGGCUGUCAUUACUGGGAAAUGGACGUGACAGGCAAGACCUACUGGGAGCUUGGGGUCACGUAUCCCAGCAUUCCACGCAAGGGCAUCGCUGAGGACUGCUGGCUGGGUCGAGGAGAUGAGUCGUGGUGCGUGGAGUUUUUCGGUGGGGAGUAUACAGCCUGGCACCGAGGUGUGCCCCAUCGACUGCUUGUCACAAAACAGUACUGUCGAAUUGGAAUUGUGUGUAAUUUCCCAGCCGGGUCAGUGAUGUUUGUGGGUGCAGACGAUAUGUCACCGCUGUUCUGCUUCUGCGCGGGGAGCUUCUCCGACAGCCUCCACUUGGCUUUGUGUCCUGGCCACGAUCACAAUGGAACCAAUGCAAAACCUAUUGUAAUAUGUAAUGCAAUAUCUUCAGCUCCACUUGUUUGAGAUUCAUUCCCAAGCCUAUGGGCUGAUCUUUAAUUCACCAAACAAACAUGUUUUUGAAAUAUGGAAGGAAACCGAAUAACGCAGGGAAAGCCCACACAUGCAUAGUGAGAACAUGCAGCUGGGAUUCAAACCCAGAACCACAGACUGUGAGACAGAUAUUACCAUUCCAUCACUCCUUUUGAGGAAAAGUAGCUGGGGUUGUGAGUCGCAUUAACUUUUCUGACUUUAGAAUGAACUUUACAGUAAAUUAGUGGCUCAAAUGCUGCGUGAACAACAAUUAGGGUCGGUGGUCUGGCGGUCUAUCAAUUUAGCUUCUCUUGGAAUUCUAAUAUUUAACAGACAGACUAAACAUGAGUCAGCCUCAAGACAAGUCGGACAAUAUUUUUAUAGCCUUCCAAUCCUAUUAGUGUCGUAACAAUAACAACAGUUAUAUAAAGUGUUUUAGAUGAUCUCUUGAAGAAUCUGUUAGCUUUGUUGACACUGUGGCCAGUUUCAUUUUGACACAGGCUUUACUUUCUCCUAAAAAAAACUUUUUAAAUUAUAGAGGGGCAUUGCAAGACAAUACUUUCCCAUGUCUAGGAUUUCUGAGUAUUUAACAAUAGUUUGAUAUAACCAAACCAUAUAAUAACACCUCAAAUCCUCUUGUCCAUUAGUCUGGAUUUUAAAUUACACUGCACUGGGUUUGGGGUGAAAUGAGUUUAAAUAGCAGUGGUCGUUUUUUUUGAGAGUCAGCCAGUGUAUGUAGAUCCAAAGUCUACAGUCAAACAAAUAAGUUCCUUGAAAAUGAACCUUUCCCUUAGGGUCACAAAAUGGGGUGGUUGUCGGGGCAGACAUACACUAUUCCAUGAGCCCAUAACUGCAAUGUAACAAAAAA